CUAACGACCUUGCGGGCUCUGCAACUUUCGUUCAUUCAUACUCCGUAUGUGCCAGCAUUUCUUCUCCCGCCAAACACAAUCCUCAGCAACUCAACCCCAUUCUCUCUCACUCUCUCUUCAACCAUAGCGAAUUGCAUUUCUAUGUUCAGCAAACAUGGAUGCUCGGAAUCCGCGUCGCCUGAAACGAGGCCAGAUGUCUAGAGCUACCGCGACCCUGAGACCGCCAUUUUCGGACAUCUCCAACUUUACUACAACUACCGACUACGGUCCCUCCUCAGCGGGGUCCUACUUCUUCAAUGACUCACCUGAUUCAAAAUCCCAUACCAGUAGUGUAGCUUCCACUUCCGUCCUAAAUCGGAGCAACACAAAGCUCAGUUUCUCAGCCCCCUCUCGUUCUUCCCGCAGCACUUCAGUUAUGUCAGAAGAGUCGGCAUUAUCCACGACUGGUCCCAGUAAAAGAUAUCCCAAGAAGAGGUGUUCAGGGAAGCUGUCUCUUACAGAAGAAUCUUCGCUUGAAGAUUUUGUGAAAAAACAAAAGGCUUAUUUCAAAGAGGUUGAUGAGUUCGAGCUGCAAGAGGAGGAAGCAUCUGACUAAUCUAUCUCAAUAUAAUAAAUAUAUAAAGAUUGCAGAAGUAGAAUAUCACACUGGUGGCAUGUUUGAAGCUUGGAGCUGGCAGAGUUCAGCUUAUCUGGAUACAAUUCUUGGACAAAGUUAUGCUAAGAAACACAUAACUAUUAUUCUUAGACACGGUCUUAGUAGUGUUAUUGGUUUUAGAUAGGUGUUUUCCGCAUUUUGGGACUUGUGAGCAUAAUUUGGGUAAGUUUUUACUUCCUCCAUUUUUAGCUCAAGUUUUAUACUACGUACCACAUUGAGGCUUGACUAUGUGUAAUGCAAAUAUUCAUAUUUAAAAAGCAGUUAACCAUAUGUAAUGCAAGUAUUAAGUCAGUGUUUUGAUUGAAUGGAUAAGUUGUGGUUUUA